AUGUCUAGGCUGGCUACGGUACUACCGGUACUACGGCAUACACCGAUUCAGAGGACGAGCAAGACCCAGGAACCACAGGGUUCCCUGCGUCUGCCGAACGCAAGGAGCCGAUCAGCAAUUAAGGGCAUUCCGAAGUCGCUGAGUGCCGGACCGCUCGUCUCGUACCGCGCCGACGAGGAUGAUGAAGACACGGAAGUUGGAGACGAUGAGGCGUCUGUAGCAGGUCCAUCCGGCAGCAAGUCAGGCUCAGUGCGGCCAGCGUCCCCAGUUUCCUUUCAUCGUACUCUGCUGAACUUAGGGCCAGAUGACGUCGUGCCCCUGCCGCCUGAGCCGCGAGGUCGCUGUGCCCCGGCACUUCAAGAGAAGAGCACACGCCUCUACCAACGAAAGCUUCGCGGCCACUGUGACAUCAUCGCGUCAGUCCAAAUGCGCAAGGACUUCCGAAACCCAAGCAUUUACGAAAAGCUGAUUGCAUACCGCGGCAUCGAUGAGCUGGGCAAUAACUACCCGCCGGAGGCGUACGACCCGCAGAAGUGGGGACCGGAAUCCUACUACGACAAGCUGUCACGGCGACAGGCGGGGGAGGUGUGCAAGCGCGGCAAGAAGGCCAAGGCAGAUUUCCUCACGGGAACUGCCAAGAAACCCGACUCACGUAAGGGCAUGUGGGACAUCGGCGGUGUGCAGCCCGUGCUGGGCAUUGGCAACCCCGGCUUCGCGGCGCCAGCUGCGCUCUCAACCAAACCUACCGUGAUCCCGGCAUUCGGCGCGUUGCCCAAGAAGCCGUCCACCUCGAAGCGGCUUGGUCGCCGCCUCCGCCACCACACGGGCGUGUUGAUGUUGUUCAGCUGGCUCGCAACUGGUGGGAUCCCCAGUCCAGAAUCCCUGCAGCCCGGGCUGGCUCUCAUGCCUGCUGCACCAGCUGUGGCUGGCUAUACAGAUGUUGUUCAGCUGGCUCGCAACUAGUGGGAUCCCCAGUCCAGAAUCCCUGCAGCCCGGGCUAGCUCUCAUGCCUGCUGCACCAGCUGUGGCUGGCUAUACAGGUGGUUCCAGCCAGCCCAGCUCAGCCCAGCCCAGCCCAGUCCAGCCAGCCAGCCAGCCAAGCGCCAGCCAGCCAAGCGCCAGCCAGCCAAGCGCCAGCCAGCCAGCCAAGCGCCAGCCAGCCAGCCAGCCAGAAGUCGG